AUGCUCCCUCCACGACAGCAGUCACAAGUUGGUGAAGGACUACAAACUUCUCUAUCUCUAGUUUCUUCAGAUCCCCCCCGCCUUUCCCUUGAGGAGCCUAGACCAAACACUGGCAAUCUCCGUGAAUCUCCGACUGAAAGUGGCAAUUCUCGGGAAAUUUGGCCUACUGCCGGUGCAAUAAAAAAGGAGAAUGAUUGCCCUGAUCAGUCAGUUAUACGUCGUGUUUCCGGUGCUGACAAAAUUACUCUUCAUGACAUUGCAAGAGAACGAGUUGAUAUAAUAUGUGAGAAAAUGGUUCGUCUACCUUAUGAAUUUCUUGACGAACUGAAAAAUGGACUUCGAGUUAUCCUUGAAGGAGGGAAUGGCUCACAGCACAGAGAGGAGUUUUUUAUUUUGCAGAAGCUUGUUCAGAGUAGAUCUGACUUAACAACCAAUACAUUGGCAAGAACACAUCGUGUGCAGCUCGAAAUACUUGUUGCCAUAAAUACUGGAAUUCAGGGAUUUUUACAUCCUAGCAUCAGUCUAUCUCAGGCUUCAUUGAUCGAGAUAUUUCUAUAUAAGAGAUGCAGAAACCUGGCUUGUCAGAGUCAGCUUCCUGCUGAAGAUUGUACCUGCGAGACAUGCGCCAACGGCAAUGGUUUCUGCAAUCUGUGCAUGUGCGUCAUCUGCAGCAAGUUUGACUUUGAAGUAAACACAUGCCGCUGGAUUGGAUGUGAUCUUUGUUCUCAUUGGACCCACACUGAUUGUGCCAUUCGUGAGCAACUCAUUUGUAUGGGCCCUGCUACAAGGCAGGGUACAGGGCCCAGUGAAAUGGUUUUUAAGUGUCACGCAUGCAAUAGGACUUCAGAACUGCUGGGUUGGGUUAAAGAUGUCUUCCAGCAUUGUGUACUGUCAUGGGAUGGAGAGGCCCUGAUCAGGGAACUUGAUUUUGUCAGUAGGAUCUUUCAUGGAAGUAAAGACCCACGGGGGAGGACACUCCAUUGGAAGUGUGAUGAUCUCAAGGAAAAUUUGAAAAGUGGGAAAGUGGAAUCUAAGGCAGCAUGCAAGGCAAUAUUGAUGGUUUUCAAAGAGCUUGAGCUGGACUCUCAAAAGACCCUGGAAAAUGCUGACAGUGAAAGUGGAAGGCUGAUUGCUCCGCAGGAGGCAUGCAGUAGAAUUUCGGAGGUGGUGCAUGAGGCUGUAAGAAAUAUGGAAAUGGUAGCUGAUGAGAAGAUGAGAAUGUUCAAGAAGGCUCGGUUGUCUUUUGAUGCUUGUGAACGUGAAUUAGCAGACAAGGCCAGAGAAGCAGGAGAACUAAACAUGGAUAGGCAAAAAAAGAAGUUAGAGAUUGAAGAACUGGAGAGAAUUGUGAGGCUUAAAAAUGCAGAGGCUGAUAUGUUCCAGAUGAAGGCUAAUGAAGCUAAAAGAGAAGCUGAGCGGCUCCAGAGGAUUCUUCUUGCCAAGUCAGAUAAAUCAGAAGAAGAAUAUACUAGCAAUUAUUUGAAGCAAAGAUUAAGUGAGGCCGAGGCUGAGAAACAAUAUCUGUAUGAGAAGAUUAAAAUGCAGGAGACUACUCGCUUAAUGCAAAGCAGUGGUGGUGGUGGCGGUGACUCCUUGAUGUUUUCCAAAAUCCAUGAUAUUCUCUAUAAUGUUCCUCCCAGUGCAGACGGUCCAUCUAAUGACUGCCAUCCUUUUAGAAAAAACCCAUAA